AUGAGCAACGUCAUUAAGAAGGUUUUCAACACUGAUAAGGCGGAGGGCGAGGCCCACAAGGCCCAGGACGCCGUUCAGGGUGCUGAGAACAACGCUCAGCACCACGGCGAGGGCUUCUUGAGCGAGGGCAAGGAGAAGCUCUCUCACAUGAUGCCACACCACCACCACCACCAGGCCAGUACGCCUAGUGUGCAGGGCGUUGAGUCUAACGUUGUGGGUCAGGCUAGUGCCGGUGUGCCAGACGCCGAGUCGCUGCGUGCUGCCAACGUUUCGGCUGUGCCAAAGUCGGAGUCGGACGCCUUCGGCCGCUCAGGCAACAUGACUCAGACGACGAGCGUGAACUCGGGUGUCAACGUGGCUGCUGGCAACGUUGAUCAGGACGUGCAGCACCUCGCUCCUGUUACGCGCCACGUGCACCACCGCCAUGAGAUCGAGGAGCUCCUUCGUGAGCGUGAACACCACAUCCACCAGCACCACAUUCAGCACCACGUUCAGCCAGUGCUCGAGUCUGAGCACCUUGCUGAGCAGAUCCACAGCCGUGUGGUGCCAACAACCACUAUCCGUGAGGUGCAUGCCAACACGGACAAGGACGCUGCUCUUAUGCGCGCCGUGGCCGGCAACCCCAAGGACACCUUCACUCAGGCUGCCACGGACCGCAGCGUGAUUGACAAGGGUGAGACUGUGCGCGAGAUUGUGCACCACCACAUUCACAACAUUGUGCAGCCAAUCAUCGAGAAGGAGACUCACGAGUACCACCGCAUUCGCACAACGAUCCCAACCACGCACAUUACCCACGAAGCUCCUAUUGUGCACGAGUCGACUGCUCACCAGCCGAUUCGCAAGGAGGACUUCAUCAAGGGUGGUGGUGUGCUGAGCAGCACUACGCGCUCGAUCGAGGAGGCUGGUUUGCUGAACCUUGGCACCAACCAACGUUCGGUUGAGGGUGAGGCCUACAACGGUGGCGCUCCCCUUGUCCAGUAA